AUGUCUGAACGUAAAGUUCUCAAUAAGUACUUCCCCCCGGAUUUCGAUCCGGACCUCAUCCCUCGACGCAAAGUACCACGUAAUUCACAGCAAGUCGUGCGUUUAAUGGCACCGUUCUCAAUGCGAUGCAAUACUUGUGGAGAGUACAUCUACAAAGGGAAAAAGUUCAACGCGAGGAAGGAGACUGUCGAAGGGGAGGAUUAUUAUGGUAUCAAGAUAUUUAGGUUUUAUAUCAAAUGCACACUCUGCUCCGCCGAAAUAACUUUCAAGACCGAUCCCAAGAACACCGAUUAUACUGCCGAACAUGGUGCAUCGCGAAACUUUGAGCCAUGGCGCGAAGAAGCAGCUGUAGAAGAAGAGGAUCGACUAGCCAAGUUGGAAGAAGAGGAGAACAAUCCCAUGAAAGCUCUGGAAAAUCGAACGGUCGAUUCUAAAAGAGAGAUGGACAUACUCGAUGCACUACAGGACAUCAGGGCUAGAAAUGCGCGACUUGAGAGGGCAGGGAAUACCGUUGACGUUGUCGAGGUACUCGGCAAAAGAGAGCGAGAAGAGGAGGAGAAUGAAGAGAUGAAGAGAAAGAGGCUGGAUGACGAAGAAGAUGAGAAGUUGGUAAGAAAAGUGUUUUCGAGGGUUGAUAUGCCAGUUGCUUCCAGUUCUGGAGCAAGCGGAAGUUCCACGACGGUCACGAUCAAAAGAAAGGCUGAUGCGACAGGAGAUGAACCGACUGUGCACAGCUUGCUGUCCGAUUCGGCGAAGUCCUUGUUGGAUGUGAAGAAGACUAUCAUCCUGUCUCCCAAGCCAUCGGAGGCGAAAAAGAAGGAUGUCAAGCGGAAUUCGUUAGGCAUCAAGGUGAUGAAGAAGCAAAAAGUAACCACAUAG